UCAUAUAAGAAUCGCGGCCGCUCUUGAUACUUCCAAACAUAGCUUCCAAGUAACCGACCCGGCCACUCUGUCAGCAGGAGCAGCAGUGGCAGCAGGAUGAACGCGCAGAGAUUCGUCGUGGUCGUCGCUCUCCUUAGCUUCGUGCUGGGCGUGUCCCAGGCAGCGCCUUUCCUGGGCUACAGUCUGGGCGGCCUCGGUCCCGGUGUGGCGGUAGGCCCCUCGGGCUCGUCGGGCGCGCCCAUAGCCGUCGCCUCUUCUCCCGUCUCCAUCGUGUCCGAGGCAAAGUCUACGAACGUGGGGCCCGUGUACAGUGCGCCCUACAGCUACGUGCCACGCGUAGCGUACGCAGCACCCCUGCACGUGGUCGGAUACCACACACCAUACGUGGCAGCGCCGGGAUUAGUACACACAGUCGGCCUCGGAGUAGACCGCUACGGAUACGGCGUACACACUGUAGGGGUGGGCUACGGUACCGGCUACCACAUCUAGGCCUCCUGAACCACCUGACUAAUUGGACAAAGGCUAAACUCCACACCAAACUCCACGCAAACGCAGACUACAGUGACUCAGAUUUUCAGAUUCGGGUAUACGCAAACUGCAAGCACUCGACGCAGCCUCCCGUUUGCUAGAAUAAAACUUCUUUAAUGCAUCGACUUAAUAAUAAACAUGUGUUCCAUUCGUUUCCA